UCAUUUAACAGCUGUUUUUAUGUUUGUAAAUAUUGUACCCAGUUUGUUUCUUUUGUAAUUUAAUAAAAUUAAUAUAACAAUAAUUACUAAUUUAUUAAGGCAAAAGUUUUAAAAUGACCGGUCGUUUUUGUGUAUUGUUAAAAUAGAGGUUAUAAUUUCAAAGUAUUAACCGUCCAAGUUGCCAGCGUUCAACAAUACAAGUUUGGAAAAAAUGGCAAUGUUUCAGAAUCUAUCAGCAACCCAGAAGUUGCAAGCGGCCGUACAUAAGGACGUAAGAGGUAUUUGUACGGAAGCCUGCCACUUUCUAGGCUUGGAAAUCACUAAACCAGCAAUCGAAGUGAUCGCGGAGCUGGUUUUUAAGAAAUGCCAUGUAUAUGGAUCAGAUUUAGAGGCAUUCGCUAAGCACGCAAAACGUUCAACAAUUAACGCCGAUGACGUCAAGUUAUUAGUUCGAAGAAAUCCAUCUCUGAAAUCACGCCUCCACUCGCUAAGUUCCAACUCUGGAAAAGAUAAACGGAGAAAAACAGUGCCAGUAGUGAAACCAGAUGUGUCUAAGGAGUCGAAGGAGUCGGACGUCGAAGAUAUGGUGGUGGAUAAUAUCGACCUCACUUUUGAUUAAACGCAUAGCAUAAA